AUGGAUAUUUUUUCAUGUUGCACUGAAGUUCGUAUAGCAAAAGAUAACUUUCAUAUUAAAAAAUUGGAUGAAAAAAAACUAAAUAAUGGUAAGAAAAUAAAUAAAGAAAAACAUAACAAUAAUUAUGUAAACGAAAAAACUAAUAAUGAAAAAAAAAAAAAAGCAAAUAAUAAAUCAAAAGAUAAAGAAUCUAACUAUUCUAAAAAUAAUAAAUCAAAAUAUAAAAAGAGUAAAUUAAAAAAAAAGAAAAGAAAUUUCUCCAAAAAUCAGGAAAAUACAAUGGCUCCAAAAUCAAUGCUAGAACUGAAAGAUAAUCAAUGGGAUGUUUCUAAUUACAAGAAUUCAGGGACUGUUAAGUUAAGUGAAGUGGAGUUUAAUAAUGCUGUUAAUAUAUUUGACUGUGAAAAUACCACAUUUGUGAUAGAAAAAGAUAAAUUUAAGUCAUUGCAAAUUCAGAAAUGUGUAAAAUGCAAUAUAGUUUUAAAUAAUUUAAUAUCUUCUAUUGAAAUAAUCGAUUCUAAAAAAAUAAAAAUUCAAGUUCUCGGAAAAUGUUCGUCUAUCACUAUAGAUAAAUGCAUAGGAAUAGAUAUUUAUUUAUCAAAAGAAAAUAAUGAAACAGAGUUUACAACAGCAUUAUCAGCUGAAAUGAAUGUUCACUUAGAAAAUGAAGAUGACUGGAAAGAAAUUACAAUUCCUGAACAAUUUCAGCAUCAAUUAGAAAACGGAAAACUUAAUACAAGAGUUUCGGAUUUAUAUAAGUUUUAA